AUGCGGGUGGGGAAUCCGGCGGUGAGAAAAAACGCCAGCUGCAGCCAGUGCGAAAAACAAAAGCGCGAGUUCGAAGAGCUUGCGGAAAAAGUCGACCGGAUUGAUAAAGUGAUCAACGAACAGGAGGCAGAGGAAGAAAAAGUAUACAACUGGGUCAACGUAAAAGGAUCAAUCUUUCGGCAAGAAAAAACGCCAGCUGCAGCCAGUGCGAAAAACAAAAGCGCGAGUUCGAAGAGCUUGCGGAAAAA